GCACUAAACGGAGGUCACGCAUGCGCACAAGCUUCUGUUUCUAGACAUUUCGACAAAGUGGAAGAGAGCUGUUAUCCUUUAUCACUAUCUCUAAAGCCUUUCAUAUAGAGAUACGGUGACUUUAUAAUGGAUCUGGAAGGUGGCACGUAUGAACCUGGUUUUGUGGGCAUCAGGUUCUGUCAGGAGUGUAAUAACAUGUUGUAUCCUAAAGAGGAUAAAGAAAACCGCAUCCUGCUCUAUGCUUGCAGAAACUGCGACUAUCAACAAGAAGCCGACAACAGCUGCAUCUAUGUGAACAAAAUCACCCAUGAGGUUGAUGAACUCACUCAGAUUAUUGCAGACGUGGCUCAAGAUCCAACACUGCCUCGGACAGAGGACCACCCUUGCCCAAAGUGUGGCCACAAGGAGGCGGUGUUCUUCCAGUCUCACAGCAUGAAGGCUGAGGAUGCCAUGAGGCUUUACUAUGUAUGUACUGCCCCACACUGCGGCCACAGAUGGACAGAAUGAGGAGGAUAAAGUCACGAAUGACAUAAGAUGAGGAGUUCUGGGGUCCCGCGUCACUAUAGUUCCAUUCCUGAACAUUAUUUCUCCGUUUAGGGGACGUCUGUUGUGGAGUGGACGUAUCUUUACUGUGCCCCAACUGUAGGUCACUGAUGCAUUUGUGAAUAAACUGGUGUUUGAUUUUAGUUUUUAGUGAACAAACACCAGUGACUCGUCCUUUGACCUGAAGUGUUUAUAGUUUUUCAUUUUAAUUCUACACAGUGUAUUUUUUGAAGGUUUGUAAUAAAAUAUUACAAAAAAAUAAGUUGAGUUUUUUUAUUUUCAAAAGUUAGGCUAUACACUGUGUGCAGAAUUAUUAGGCAAGUUGAUAUUCUGGUCAUAUUUUUUUUCCAAGAACAUUUUACCAAUUCCAAACCACAUCAAUCUUAAUAACUACUAGUGAUUUUUUUAUUUAAUAAUUUAUAAGUGAUAUAUAAUUGUCCAUGAAGGCUGAUAGUCAGAAACUUCUUAUUUCAGGUGUGCAGAAUUAUUAGGCAGGUUUUCCUUUACAGAUAAAAUGAGCCAAAAAAGAGAUUGAACUCAAGAAUAAAAGUUAAAAAAAUGAUUAAAUGCCCAUGAGAAGGAUGCAAUACUAAUGCAAUAAUAGAAUUAGCAAAGUUAAGGCAUGACCAUUGGGCGGCGAAAUGCUCAUUGGGUCAGCACGGUCAGAAAAAACAGGUGGAGAGGAAAAGACACCUUAACUGCAAAAGAAUUAAGAAUUAAGGUGAAGAAUUAGGUGAGAAACCAUCAGGAACCAUUUAGUCUUCAGCACCAUCAUUUUCCAGAACUGCAACGUUCCUGGAGUUUCCAGAAUUACAAGGUGUCAGGUUCUCAGAGACUUUGCUUGGGUAAAAAAAUAUUUUAAAUGACUCUCACUUAAUAAGAAUAACAUGCUGAAGUGUUGUGAAAUACAUGAAGACUGAUUUUGUAUAGGAUUUAUGGACAGAUAAGUUGAGAGUGACUCUUGAAGGACCAGCAUCUCUUGUGCCACUGUUUGAAGAAUUUAUCUUCCAGAAUCUGGCAGUAAGUUUUAGGAGCUCAUUUUAGUUCAUCUCCUAUUCUGAAAAAACUAAAUGUUAAAAUGUUCUUGGAAAAAAAAAUAUGACCAGAAUAUCAACUUGCCUAAUAAUUCUGCACACAGUGUAGUUUGGAUUCUGGGUACUGUUUUUAUUCAAUGGUGGCUUGGAGUAGGGCUUCACGGUUAAUUGAAAUAAAAUAGUGCUGUCAAAUGAUUAAUAAUGAUUAAUCGCAUCCAAAGUAAAAGGUUUAAUUGACAUAAUAUAUAUAUGUGUGUGUGUGUGUGUGUGUGUACUGUGUAU